AACCUUUUGGAUCUUCGACAGUACGGAGAUUUCUCCCCUUCCAGCCCCGACUCGCCUUUGGUCGUCUCAAAGGCAACAGGUGCACCACGGCUCCCGCGGCCGUCAGCUUCGUCAGUGAUCAAGAUUUCAGCGUUCGGAAGUCUUUCCACAUCACCAACAACAUCCCCCCUCCCGCCCCUGCGCACGCCUAAGCAAAAACUCGAAUUCUUCCUGUUCGACGUUCUGUUUCAACAGACGCCUCCCGUCGACUCUACACCCGAUCAGCUGCCGCAUAGGACGCACUCGGAGCCUCUUCCUCUCGUCGAGGGAGAGUCGAGGAGAACUCGCCAGAUCGCUGAGGGAUCUGCCUGCUACCGCUUCCGGCCACCCUAG